AUGUAUCGGAAGUUGUCUAAGUUAGAACACUCGGAAAUAAAACAACUUCUUACAGAAGCUAAUAUAGAUGUUGCAAAGCAUUACGCAACAAACAAAAAAGCACUCGCUGACAUCCUCAAUGACUAUAAUGGUGCAAUAAGUUAUGAUAGAAUUCAUGAGUUCAUAAAGCCGCAACGCGGCGAGGACGAAGUCCAUGCAAGAGCAUUUCCUUUAAAUGACGUUGCUAUUGACUUAUAUCAUAGACGUUCAGUACCUCAUGAAGUAAGAAGAGAAAUGUUUGACAUAACAAAUGCAAACGUUGGUGAAACAAGAAGAAGAGACGACACACUGAAACAACAGAGAAGAGAGAUGUUUAAGAGCGCUAUAGAACAAGUUCGCAAAGCUAACGAUGUCAUUCGUUCCAUUGACGACAAACCAAAAGAA